GUCAUUUCCGGGCGGACAACUGGCGGGACUUCUCAGCGGCGUGGUGCAGGAGCAGGUUGUUGACAGACGGAGAAACUUGUCUCAAACUCGGGUUAAACUUUUUUAAAAGAUGAUGGCUACUAGCGGAAAAGACUGUGGAGUAAAAGAUGGCGCCCCGGUUUGUUGUAACGGUUCAGCCGCGGUGAACGGAGCAGCACCGGAAGCAUCUCCGAGCCCCAAGCCGCUGAACGGAGCCACGGUUCGGCCAGAGGGAUUCACCUUCACCCCGCAGCCCACCAUCGAGGACAUUCGGCGGAUGCAGGCGGAGUUCACGGACGAGAGGGACUGGAACCAGUUCCACCAGCCCCGCAACCUGCUGCUGGCAAUGGUCGGGGAGGUGGGCGAGGUGUCCGAGCUGUUCCAGUGGCGCGGGGAGGUGGCGGUGGGUCUGCCCGGCUGGAGCGAGGAGGAGCGGGAGCAGCUUGGGCAGGAACUCAGCGACGUGCUCAUCUACCUGGUGGAGCUCGCCGAGAAGUGUCGCGUGGACCUGCCCCAGGCGGUGCUGCGGAAGAUGGCCCUGAACCGGCUCAAGUACCCGGCCAGCAAGGUGCACGGCUCGGCCAAGAAGUACACCGAAUACAAGGACUGAUGCUGGGUGUGCAUAGACAAUCAGAGGCGCCUGAUGGAGCUGCUACUGGACCUUUCAUCGUUUGGUUCAAAUGGCUUUUGUUCUUGUUCGACUUGUUACACCACUGUAUGAAAGCUUUACCCCCUCGUGCACAAAAGGCACUCGCAGAAUAUGCAGUUUUUUUAUUUAGUUUAAAGGUUCAGUGUGUAGAAUGUGUGGCGUCAUCUAGUGGUGAAGUUGCAUGUUGUAGCUGAAUACCCCUCACCUCACCUUGCUCUUCCAAACAUGGCGGACUCCUUAGAGAGGUCUUUAAAUAUCAAAGACCCAUUCUAGGGUUAUUCGAUAUGAGAUGAUUACAAACUAGUGAAAAACUCUGGGAUUAUUUUAUAAUCAAUCUCUGCAAUUAAAGCCCUUUCACCUGAUUACACACUGAAGCUUUAACUUUUAAAUCAUGUUUUAGUCUGAUCGUUGGAACCAAUUUGAAGCAUUGCAUACUUUUUUAGUUUAAAAAUUCCUCUUUCGAUUCUGUAAAUAUUUGGGGAAAACAUUCGUAGGACUUUUAUUCACCGUGGCUCCUCAGGACUGUGACUGAGGAUUAUAAAGUUAGUGGACCUGAACAAAAUUGU